AUGCCCACCCUGGACCGGUUUGACCAGCGCCAGCUCAGCGACACCACCCGCCAUGCCCGAGCCAAACCGGUUGCUCCGUCUCCGAAACCGUCGCUGAACCGCAUCAGCCACUACCCUGACCGCCCCGUCCACUUUGCCACCGCGGAGAACGUUACCCACCAGCUUUCGCUAUACACCGGUUCCUACGGCGCCGUCGCUCAAUUCGCCGCCAAUGCCACCCAUAUCCUCGUUGGUUUCAGCCAGGGAACAGUGUUUGGCUUUGAUUAUCGCCAGCAGCUUCGGUUUAAGCUUGAAUCGGCGCAUACGGAGUCAGUGGCGGUCACUGCGCUUGCCACCAGCGCCGACGGCGAUAUGGUCGCCGUGGGCUAUGCUAACGGCUACGUGCUAGUAUGGCACUUGCCUCUGUUCUCAUCUGAUAACCAGAGCCCCUGGCACGUGAUUGCUCCCACCACAUUAAAGCACCGGUUCUCGCAAGCGGCUCUGGGCCACGUCGCCGUGCCCAUUGACCAAAUAAUGUUCCUCCAUCAUUCACAUACUCAGAUGGUGUGUACUGAUCGUCUGGGGCUCGUGUUUUACCACCAUUUGGUGCGUACCAGCUACCUGACACUAUUUUCCAGUGAGCGGCAAUUUCCUACAAUUCUGACAAAAGUGUUUGGCACUAACGAUGCUAAUCACGUUAAUGCUAAGUUUGAUAUCUUGGCGGCAGCUGUUUUGCCGCUAGGCCUUACUCACCAGAUAACUGAUGAUACGGGAGUCAUAGCGAUAUUGACGCGAACUAAGCUCACGGUGAUGCUGGUAUUAUCGCUAAACAUCCCUACUAAAGCUCACAUUCGACCCGUGUGGUCAGUGGAAAGGACCGCCGGUCCUGCUUCUCGUGGUAGCGUUGAUUGGCUCCCCUGUACGCGUUCUCGCGAUACUGCCGAUGUGGUUAAUGCCCGUUUAUGUUAUCUGUGGAACGAUACGGUGACGGUAGCCGAAGUGAAUAACCGUCACAUUCCUCCCAACUGGCUGCUGAUUCUCCAGGAAGCUAAGGAUAAAGAUAAAGCACUGCCACCAGUGACGAUGACCAAGACGGCUCGGUGGCGAGCCUCUGAAGGGUCGGUGACUAUAUGUCGAUGGAUCUCACCUCAAUUGCUUUUAGCAGGUACACCGUCUCUGUUUGUUGUCCUUUACUAUGAUGGAAAGCUUAGGGAAGUUGUUACUCAAGGGAUACGCCACGGCCACUCGCAAACGGUAUCGCCUACCCCUAUAUCGCUUCUGCCACUGCCUUCAAUCAAUAACGCAACCACCAACCAACAAGUGCUGGCGCUUACGGUGUGCAAACAGAGGGUGGUACGGCUUGUCGACAACACGGUGGAGAUUGGCUACGUGCUCAAUUGGGCCGACUGGAUCGGUCAGUUGUUAUCGCAGCUGCGAUACCACGACGCGUUUACCAUUGUACGAGAGCUCUAUAACUUAGACGACGAUGCCGUGGUCACUUUAUUUGGCGUUGAACGCGAUUUGGCGACGAGACACCACCAACUUCGUCCGUUUUUGCUUCGUAUUCUCGUACUGGAUGAUCUUGAAGUACCCCUUGAACUGGUGGUGGCGAUAGUAGCCGAUUUAAUGGCCGAUGGUGCCGUUACUGAAGGUGAGCAAGUACUUCAACGGUGGUUUGACCGUAGUGAACCCGACUACUUUUUCCCAUUAAUUGAGCCUUAUAUUCUUAGUGGAGCGAUCACGUCACUUACUCCAGAAGUUCUUCAAGCCCUCGUUCGCUUUUACGUCGUCAAUCGUGAAGGGGUACUCCUCACUGAGAUUCUCACCAGUGUUGACCUCACCAGCCUCGAUAUCGACUUGACCAUCCAACUAGCCCACGAACACCAAUUGGAGGAGUGCCUCGUGUACGUGUGGACGCGGUUAUUGCACGACUAUACCACUCCUUUACUUCGCUUCUAUAAGGAAGCGAAGCCAGGACUGUCCCAGGUGUUCACCUAUAUGCUGUAUAUCCUUACCGGACGACAGUACCCCACUGACCAGUUUAUUGCUGAUCCUGCGGAAGAAGAAGCUGCUAAAAAAGCAGUGGUGGGGGUGGUAUUUGCUGACCAUUCAGUGGAUAAUACCAACGAACCCAACGAGGCACUUUUCCCUUAUCUCACGCGGUUCUUGCAUCUUGAUAGCCGGCAAAUGCUCCGCACUCUUAACGCGUUCUUUGAGGACUCCUACUCGAAUCAAGGUCCGCUUCUGCGCCAGUACGUGGUCGAUGCGUUGCUUGAUAUCUUCGAUACCGAUACCAAAUUUACUGAAAGCGAUCGCACUAAUUUAGCGAUAUUUUUAGGAAGAAACUACCCUAAAUACUCGCAAUUUUUGCGGCUCUCGGAGCUGGCAAUGACUAAGGUCGUCGAUACUUUAACCAGUAGUGGAGGAGCUGACCCCGAUGUCGAGCUUGCCCUCCAGUCGAUGCUUUCCGUCUACCACCCAAAGCAUACAGAACAGCUUGAAACUCAAUUGAAACUGAGUCAAUUUUAUGGAGUAUUAGCCGGUGUAUACCGCAGUCAAGGCCACUACGGUAAGGCAUUGGAGAUGCUGCUUAAAUGCCAGCUGGGACCGCAAAUGAUGGGGCAAAUGUUGGAAACUGCAUUCAUCCAUACCCGUCCUCACCCCACUCAACGACUGGCCCUCUGCCAUACGAUCUCUACCCAUUUCCCAGAGCUUGUGGCCACUGAUCUCGAGGCGUUGGUGGCGAUGGUAUCAAAGUAUGCCCCUCAGCUUCAUGAGCAAUUGACACAAUUGCUGCCGGAAAAGCAGUACAUUUACCUCCAACAGCUUUCGCCGGUACCGCCAGCUUUAGUGGGUGUCUACGUUCGCCUAGCCAGUGAGUUUGACAACGCUAAUACCGUAUACGAAGUGGUUAAACGCUACCAAGGGAGAAUUGAAGCCGAUGAUGUCACCCCCCAACUACUCAAAGAUAACCAUCUUGAUGCAGUGGCAUUGUUAACCGAUGACUUUGACCAGUUAUUAGCUUUAGUAUCCCAAAGCAUUGAUGACAAAGAAGAGCCAGUGGUGUUUCAACGCGUACUUGGCCACGCUAUGAGCCACUGUCACCACCCUGACGAGUGGCUUAAGCUCAUCAAUCGCUUAGUCGACCAUACCCAUACCCACCCUGAAGUGGUCAAAGCCAUCCACGAGUGUUUCCGUGAGAUCAAUUCGGUGGAUAGCCGUCAGACCAUUACUGAUCCUGACCAGCCGUCGAUGUUCAUUACUGUGCUCCAACAAUUUUUAGGCCAAACCACUAACGCUCAGCUUGCUAGUGUUCGAGGAGUACUUCAGGAAGUGGUGGUGCUGUACUCGUACGAACUGGAAUUGCUGGGUAUUUCUCUCCGCAUGCUUGGGGCGCUGAUUGGCAAUAGUCAGCGUAUUCUCAGGGCUAACACUCUUAAAGGGAUGGUGGUGAAAUGUGACCACUGUACCUAUUGUACUAAACCCCUUUGGGAGUCUAAUAGCCAGUACGUUGCUUGGGAACAGCGUCAUCUACGUUCAAUUCUACCGGGGCCUGUCACUCAGGAAACGAUGGUGGUGACGAGAAACUCGGUGGCGGUGGUAUUUGCCUGUGGCCAUGGAUACCACCAGGGUUGUUCAAUAAAGCUUAACGGAGGUAAAGCCAAGCCUCACUGGACUUGUCUCGUCUGUGGCGACGACUCAUAA